CGCGGCGCCCGGAGGGAUAAUUUUCUCCUUUUUCCUGUUUUUGGGGCUCAAAGUGUUUGGAUCUGAUCCGCUGCUGCUGCCGCUUCCUGCCGGGACUCCGCGGAGGAACACACACACACACACACACGCACGCACACACUCACACACAUAAACACACACACGCGCGCGCGCACACACAGAACUCAGCCCGGUACCGGACGGCACGUGUGCAGAAAGGUGCGAGCCCAGGUGUGAGGUCGUGUAUGCGUGGUUUUGUGUGUGUGUGUAUGUGUGUGUGUGCAGUUCGGGGUUCGGUUUGGCGUUUUUCCAGCGGAGUUGUGCGCACCUCGGGACACCUUGUUUGCGACCUGUGCGUGCGCGUGCGUGCGCCACGCGCGCGCUCUUUUCGUUGAUUUUGGGGGCUUUCUUAAAUUAAUUGUUAUUUUUGAUUGAAUUUUUGGAGGAACCCGAACCCGCUGAGUGUGUGACAGCGUCAGUGUGCACGUGCGCGCCCACGCCCCGUCCUGCGCCGCACGCGGCAGAUCGAUGAGGAGGAUGGAUUUGUGGAUUUAUUUACCUUGAUGGGAUUUUUUUUUAAUCUCACCUGUGCGGAGCGGAUGGAUGUUCAGACAGAAGUAAGAAAAACUGGAUUUUACUGCACAGGCGCAGAAAACGACAUGGCGGGCUGAGCGGCGUCCUCGAGGCAGACGGUCCCGUCUGAAGCAGAAACCAGAGGAAGGCAGGCCCGCAGCAUGGUGGAUGCCAAUGCAGCUCACAAGAUGAACCCGUUAGCUGCCCUUAGUAUUGACCGCAGUGCCCUGGUGGGGGAAAACCUCCGCCCCCACGGAGGAAUGUUUUAUCCUGGCAUGCAUCCUCUUUCUGCUGAAAAGCCCCAGGAGCCUGGUACCUCGCUCCCGCUCGGCUAUGAUCUCCUGUACAAACCAGAUGUAUCCUUGCUGGAAGGCCAGAAAUCUGCAAAUGGAUAUGUUGGACUGUAUAAGAGCCCGACACAAGGACUGCAGAAACCUUUACUUGUCCCUGCUGCAGGAGGUGAGGGCCUGGGGUUGGACCGCAGAGUUGGAGCCAGUGACAAACAGUCAGAACUGGGCUUGAAUGGUACCAGUGGCUUCCUUAGACUACCCUGGAUCAGCCCCUACGCUGAUACUACAAUGUACCCCUUCCUGGACAUGGCAUACAAGGCCUCAUUCCUGGCUCAGCAGCCGCCCUUCAUCCACCAACAGCUGGCAUAUCAAUCUCUGUGCGCCUCUAGGGUUGGAAGCAGCACACCUGGAGAGGAGAGACUUUUCUACCUGCCUCCUUAUGUACCGGCCCAUAUCACCUCCCCACUUCCUCCAAUAAGGAUUUCUACAGCCACUCCAGCUUCUGCUGUACUUUCACCCUUGCCCCACUGCCAGGAGAAGACUUUGCAGAGCCUUGGUCCUCAGGCACAUCAAGAACCCUCUGCCUUCAGCACCAGUCCUCAGCUCCACCAGGCCCAGGCUCAAGUUGUUCACCAUACAGAGCGACAACAUGACAGCAGCAGUAGCAGUGGUGGAAAGUCCAUUCAGACCACUUCCACCAAAAAUGCUCUUAUCAAAAGCACUGGGGGAAACAGUAGCAGCCACGUUACAAGUUCGCCUGGUACUGCUGUCUUAGAGUCAUCCACAGUUACCCAUCCUCCUUGCUCAGGUCCAGCACCCCACCACCUCAGCAAUAAUACUGCAGAACUCCAGAAGACCCUCAACAGAACCUCCUUAUCCUCACCCACUUCAGUGUGUCGACCCCUUUACAUGAGCUCUGAGCGCUGCUCCCCUAUCCACUCAGGCAGCACCAAAACCAAAGAUGCCAGUUCUGACUGCGGUAAUAAAGAAAAGUCUGUAUCACCUGCCAAGACACUGGACAGAGCAGGAUCUCAAAAGGCUGCCAAAACUCCCAGAGAAAAACCUUUGGAUUUGUCUGCCAAGAGAGUGAAGAUUCCCAGUGGAUUUCCAACCAGAUUGGAGGCUCCCAAGUUGGGGUUAUUACCACCAUCUCAUUACAAGCUGCUAGCCAGUCAGGGACCAGCAGCUCAAGAGGGUCUAACCCUACCUGUUAGAUAUCGUAAAGUCCCAGAUCAUCAAAUGAUCAGCACUACACCCUCCAGUUGGGCUGCUCGUCCUUCCUCAGCCGUCAUCUCUGAGCACAGUAGAGGCUCUCAAGCUAUGAAAAACCGAAGUGUGGACAGUACUCUUCACCAACAGCAGUCUCCAGGCUCACCUGGCUCUAAGAGAGUUGAGUUAGCCAGUAUUUCCAGUUCUGCCUCUGCUGCAGCAUCUCCUUCGUCAAACUCCAAAAUUGGAUGGCCACAAGUCCGCCCUGCUGACUCUGAAAAACUCCCUCCAAACAGCAAAGGGGAAACUCAAUCUGGAAAACAGCUCUUAACUCCUUCGAAGCCAGAGGCUAAAGAGAGCCAGUCUAAGCAUCAGCAGCCAUUUCGUUUGGAGAAUGGAAAUGGCUCCGGUCAGAUGUAUGGUGACUCCUAUCUUCCUCCUGGCUUAGGUUACACUAGUCGCUAUGUCCCGUACUCGGUUGCAGAAAAGUCCAUGCAACAACUGUCAAUAUCAGGCAAAGGACCUGUGUACCCCCAUCCUCUAUUACUUGGUAGCAGCAGCUUUUACCCAUCUCACAUUCCACCAAAACAUGGCUUCCCAUAUGGAGUUCGUUCAUAUCCAAAUUCCCAGGAGAUUACUUCAACUCCAGUGUCAACUUAUUCAAGUCUUACCAACAAAGAUCAGCUGGAGAACAUGUCUAAGAGCCAGGAUAAACUCUGGACUUCAGAAAAGGCAAGACUGAACGGCUCUCACAAGCGUGACACAAACCAAACCACAAAGGCUUCAGGUAAAGGCCCAACUGCUGUCAGAGAGGAUAUAGUUGUAUUGACCCUGGUGCAUGAUGAGGCAGAAGAGGAUUGUUCCACAACAAAUUGUGAGUCCACAUCUACCAGAACAGAAGACUUCUCCAAACAUGCACAUGAGCACAUCAAAGAAACAGAGCCAGGGCCUCCAAAAAGUCUCCCUUCAACUCAUACAGAGCAGAGACUAGGUUCAAUACCCCACACAACUCCUCAUCACAUCUCCACACCUCCUCCUACUGGUCAAGAAAGCACAGAGGAAAUCCCAGAGGAGGCGGAGCAGGAGGCACUUAGUCCAUUCCCAGAUAUCCCAGAAAGGAGGACGAUGCGGUGUGCCCGAACCACGCCACAGCAGUUUUAGAAAUGUAAAACUGGAGCCUCUGCUGUGCGGGGAUUAAUGAUGAGUGCUGCCAUGAAGUUAAAUCAGAAGGUUCAAGCAGUAAAAAAUGUUCAGUCUCAGCAAAGCCCUUCCAGAAAUGUAAUUGUGGUUCCUGUUAGCAGAGAAAAUAGUUCUGGUGAUUGCUCCGGUUCUAAUAACAGCAUGGGAGUAGUGUUUACAAUGAGCCCACAGUCAGCUCAUCGGGGCAGCUCUCAGUUAGAAAGUCCCAUUUGCAGCAAUGGACAGAGCGGUAGAGACUUCAGUCCUCAGGUCCCAGCAUGCAGAAGUUUUAACUCCAGGCCUCCACCUGGAGGAGUCGUAAACUCCAGACCUCAGCUGUACAUCAGUAACAACCCGAGAGUCCCUGCAUGCAAUGGGGAAGCAAACACAAAUGUUAGGAAUUUUGUUGGGCCAUGCUGCAGAAAUCUGACUGUGAGAGCUCCAACUUUUGAACCCAGAAUUUUCAAGCCCACACGUGGAAGUGGUAACCCUAUGCCUCCAAGCUGCAGGAACCAACAGUCCUCGUGGUGAAACUGCAACGCAGUACAACCAGAUACCAGUCCCAGAGCUCCUGCAUUUGGAAUUAGUAGUCAGAGUUGUGGAAGGUCCCUUAAGGGCCAGCUUUCUGGAAAUAACCAAACAGCCUGUGUAAGCAGCAGCCUCAGGGUUCCUACAUAUGGAAGUGGUUUCACCCGGGGCCCAACCUUUCAGCACCUUUCACCAACUAGUGGAGGUUUGAAUACGGUGCCAGAGGAUCCAUCUCUGGAGCCGCCAGUUAACAAGGACUUUUCCUCUGCUGCCGGCUGUGGGAGAUGAGAAGGACUCAACAGUCAGGACUGCAUGGAUCUGCUGGCAGACGAGGAUGACGGCUCCAGCAUCCGUCGCUCUGGCCUCACCAAGCGCAUCGCCAACUCAUCUGGCUACGUGGGGGACCGAAUCAAAUGCGUGACCACAGAGCUUUAUGCUGACUCGAGCAAGCUGAGCAGAGAGCAGAAAGCACUCCAGCGUGCCAUGCUUCGCUUCUCUGAGCUGGAGCUGAAGGAGAAAGAGGGAGGAAGAGGAGGAGGAGAAGAAGAAGAAGAAGAAGUGGAGAAGGAGCUGGCAGAUGGCCAGCAGGGAGAAGAAGAAGAAAAAGAGGUGGAGGGGGGGAAGAAAGAUGAGGGAGGGUGGGAAGGCUGCCAGCAGAGUGAGGGGAGGCAAGGAGGAGGAGGAAGAACUCCCACUGCAGCCGCUGCCGAAGCUCCGAGAGGCCAUUCCUGUCUUCACAACCACCUUCCCAACUUGCCACUUUGCUGCAACUCUGACAACCUUGCUGUCCCUCCUGUCCCCAAAGAGAAGACUGAUGGAUCUGUGGAGAAAGAGAAGAAGAAUGAGCACGAUGGAGGAACUGGUCAGGAGAAGAAGACUGAGAACUCAAGUUUUGUCUCACAGACAGAACAACAACAAAGGUUUUUCCCCCCAGCCAGAGGACUAUUUCAGGGAAAUGCCUCCACCCUGAUGUCCUGCCCAGGCCUCACAGGUUCAAAUCCGAACAUGGAGAUAAAUCGGCGGCGCAUCUUCAGCCUUGAGCCUUUCCAUCAGAGCAGCAUCAUAAACAGCCGGCUGAAGAGGGGGAGGGAGGAGGAAAGGGAGGAUGAGCUGGAGGAGGAGGAGGGGACAGAAAAUCCCUGCAAGAAAACCAAAUUGAUCAACGACUCAUCCCUGGAGGACGUGAAGAAGCUGAAGGUCUGCAUCGAGUUGAAUGGCCUUCGGCUCAACAAGCCCCGCCUACCCGGCGAGUUCAGCCAGUGGUUGCCCACUGGCCAGAGGUCAGCGGAGGCCAACAGGAAGUUCAGAGCAGAUGUCCCAUCUGUCAGGGGGAGGUCAGACAUCAGUGAAGGCUGGUGUGAGCCCACAUUUACGAGGAGGGAUAGCACAAGAGUUUUCCACGUGGCCCCCCCGCCCUCCUCUCCCAUCCAUCUACCCCGGCAACCAUGGAGUUCUGUGCCCCGGCAACCAGCUCCCACAUCUUUCGCCUCCUUCACUUCCUUCCACCUUCAGGACAAACAUCAGAAGCUGAAGGAGAGCCACAAGGUCUCAAAUUUCCUUCCUUCCUUGCCUUCUCGUGCUUCCUCUUUCUCUUCAUCACCUGACCCCCAUCCCUUCCGCUGCCACGAUGAUGACCCAGAAAAGCCGAAAGGCAAGCGCCCCUGCAAGACAAAGCACACCGGCGGAGAGGCAGCAAAGGAGGACGGGCAAGUCGAGGGCGGGAGUGACGAAGAAGAAAGGAAUGGGAAGGUCUCCCUGUCAGAUUCAUCUCGCUCGCCCAGCCAUCGACCUCCCUCCCCACAGCUCGCACACUCUGCCCGGCCCAUCCCUCCAGAGGUGCGCCGGCUCAUUGUGAACAAAAACGCCGGAGAGACCCUGCUGCAGCGAGCCGCUCGGCUGGGAUAUGAGGAGGUGGUCUUGUACUGUCUCGAGCGGCGAAUCUGUGAUGUCAACCAUAGAGACAAUGCCGGAUACUGUGCCCUACAUGAGGCUUGCGCCCGUGGCUGGCUGGGCAUCGUACGCCAUCUGGUGGAACACGGAGCCAAUGUCAACUGCAGCGCUCAGGAUGGAACCAGGCCACUUCAUGAUGCUGUGGAAAAUGACCACGUGGAGGUGGUACGCUUCCUGUUGGCCUGUGGCGCCGACCCCACUCUCACCUCCUACUCAGGACGAGCACCAAUCAACAUGACCCACAGUGCUGCCAUGGAAACCUUUCUGGAGGACUAUCUCUCUGACCUCCAGGGAAGGUCGGAGGGCGAUCCGGGAAUCUACUGGGAAUUUUACGGCAGCUCAGUGUGCGAGCCAUCCAGUGAAGGCAGUGUAUAUAAUAUCCUUGCUGAUCCACCGGGACCAGAGGAGGAGGAGGAGGAUGAAGAGGAGGAUGAGGAUGAGGAGCAACGUGCCAGAAGGGAAGUGUUUGAGUUUGAGCUCUCUGACCGACCGUUGCUUCCAUGCUACAACAUCCAGGUGUCGCUGUCCCAAGGUCCCAGGAACUGGCUCCUCCUUGCUGAUGUCUUGGGUCGUCUUCGGAUGACUUCUCGAUCUUUCCGCCGCCUCUUCCCACAGCUCAAUGUGCAGUCCAUCCCUGAGGACGAGUUCUACCGGCAGGCAUCCCUGUCACAGCUCCUGACAGGUCCUGAUGAGCAGGAGCUGGCUUCCUUCAGGCCAGAUGUCAAGGACCCUCUGGAGUUGGUGGAGGCUACUCCUGAGCUGGCCGGCAUGCUCGGCUCCUCACUGGAGUUUGUGGACAGUCGCUGGGACUCGCUAGAAGCUUCACCACCACCAACUCCAUCUCCACCACCGUCACCAAGACAGCUGCAACGUAUUCCACCACCAUUAUCCUCAGAGCAGUAUGGGCCAGAACCUGGUCCUAAGGUGGAAAGUGUGGAGCUGAGCCAGAAUGAGUCCAGAGGUCAAGGAUUUAAAAAUCUGGGAUAUUCUACUCCUACAGCAAAGGCAGAAACUAAAGUAGAUGCCAGCAUGUGGGAACCACAAAAGCAAGGAAGUAAAAGUUCUGUGGGUCCUUCUCCUGGUAAGCUAAACGCAACAUUGAAUGCUAGUUUGUGGGAACCACAAAGACAGCGUUCUAAGAAUCCUCAAGUAGCGGAUUCUGUUAAUCCAGACUGCAAGAUGGACUCCAACUUGUGGGAACAACCGCAGCAAGGGAAUAAAACUGUGGAAAUCACUUCUGUCAAAUCCGAUGUGAUGGCUGGGGCUAGUAUGUGGGAACCACAACGACUACGAAGUCGGAAUGCUGUGAAUUCUGAUGCCAAAUUGGACACAGUAUCAGAACCACCACGACUUCGAAAUAAGAACCCUGGGAAUACUACUCCCACUCAUUCAAAUGGGACAGUGGAUGCUAACAUGUGGAAACGACACAAUCAAGGAAACAAGAGUGGCAGGGUUUCAGAUUCUACAAACCCAGCUGCUGCAGUUGAUUGUGGUAUUUGGGAACCACAACGACUGCGAAGCAAGAACGCUGGGAUCUCUGGCCCUGCAAAGCCAGAUGUCAGGGUGGAUGCCAGCACAUGGGAAUGUCAGGGAAUAAAGAGAAUGGGUGGCAAUAGCACAGCACCAAAAAGAGAAGCUAAUCCCUGUGACACCCAAGGUGAAGGCACUAAGUCCAUAAGGAUGGACCCUGCCUGGCAGAGGAACUUGGCAAAUGUCAGAGUUCACAUCAGGGAUUUGGGAAUGAAAGUUGGUGCCAUUGCAAGAGACGUGAAGAAGGAGCCGGGGAAAAUGAUUGGGAAGGGUGCCCGGGUCAAAGGGAAGUCAUGAGAUGACAAAACACCAGGAAAUAAGAAGGAAUAAAUCUUGGCACAAUCAUACUGAGAAACAUUCAAACAUACAUGUAAAUAUGUAAAUUCAGAUCUGGACGUUGAAAGGACAGUGUCCUCUGUGGCAAGACCAGUAAUAAAUGUGUGUUAUAUGUAAACUGUAAAUAUUGUUUGUUGUUUUUUAUUUUAUUUAUGAGCACAGAAUUGACAGAUCACCUUUUCUUUGUAAAUGCAGUCUGGUGUAAAUACAAUGCUGUUUCUGUUGACAUGUUAAGAUUGUUGGUUCACUUCUGGGAA